AUGACCUGCCAUGGCGCAUUCAUCGUUGAGGACGCCCACAGGCCACCUUUCAAAUAUGACGAAGAGCGCGUAUUGCUAUUUGCCGAUUAUUACCAUAAGCUCGAUGAACAACUCGCGAUUGGCCUCAAAUCAGUACCAUUUCAAUGGAUCGGCGAACCUCAAAGCAUUGCGGUCAAUGGCAAUGCUCUGGGAAAAUGUGAUUUAACAAGCCCCUUUGGCUGCAACACCAACUGCCACCACCAUCGCCUUGUUGUCAAGCCGGGUAUGACAUACAGAGUGAGAGUGAUUGGUAUCACAGUCCUUACAUACUUGUACAUUGGCAUUGAAGACCAUGAAGAUCUCUCAGUCAUAGAAGUAGAUAGUGGCUACGUUCGUCCCGUGUCAACUAAACACAUCCAACUCCAUUCCGGCCAACGUUAUUCAUUUUUGCUGAAGACAAAAAGUCGUGAAGAGCUAAAAAAGCAUGGAUCUAAAAGAGAUUUUUGGGGGAGGCUCGAAACCAGGUGGCGGCCGAUUCGUGAUCAAGGAGCUUUUGUACUGCACUACGAGGAUGAUUCAACCUCAACCUCGAUUGGCCCUUCGGUUAACACCAAGCCCCUUGACCUUUCUCUAACACCAUUUCCCAACCCAAAGGAGUUCAACAAAAUAGUCCAUUUGCCUAACGAGGGGAAUACUUGGUUGGCUGACACAUUCGAGCCACUAGACCCCAAGGAAGUUGCACCUACGGCCGCAGAAGUAACACGUAGAAUUUUUAUCCAGGGUCAGCAGGUCAAGAUGGCUGAUGGGCGCAUCAAUUGGUUUGUUAAUGGAGAGAAAUACGUUGAGACGCAGCCGAAAGUGCCUUUCUUGGUGAGAGCCUACACUACCAAGAUAAAACCGGACUACAAAGCCGCUGCCAGAAACAACGGAUUCGAUAAAAAACUAGGAGCUUAUCCAAUCAAAUUGAAUGAUGUGGUGGAAAUUGUGAUAGUCAAUCAAGCAUCUUCGAUUGGUGUGAGCGAAGUGCACCCUUGGCAUCUUCAUGGACAAGAGUUCUACGUGAUAGCACACGGGACUGGAGCUUUUACCAAAGCCAAGCUAGCUGAAGCAGAAGCACACCAAAAGAGGCAUAUUCGUCGAGAUACUGAGGUUAUCUUCACAUCACAGCGGGGUGCCUCUUAUAAGGGUACUACCGUCCCGCCCGGCACGGUGACGGGAUGGAUGGUACUGAGAAUGAAGGCACAAACUCCGGGUGCUUUCCUAAUGCAUUGUCACACUCAGCCGCAUGCUCUUAUGGGCAUGGGUGUAGUCUUAUUGGUAGGGAUCGAAAACCUCCCGCCAUUACCAGAAGGAUAUCUCAAGAAAUAUAUAAAACCGACCAAAUAUUAA